AAAGUAUUUCGAUAAGUAAUAUCAAUACGAUGCGGCGUUCAGCAUAAAAGUUGCGCGUCCUCCGAAGCGCCAGUCGCCGCGUAUUCGGCUCGAGAGCAACACGUCCCUAACAAAAUCGGACACGUGACCUGCGCGUGACCCUCAUCUAGAAAUCCGACAAGGCGAUCUUACGCAAGAGGUCAUCGAUUUCGACCCUCCGAUAUGUAAGUCUCUAAAUGUCAAACCCGACCGAUAAACUCACACGUAAUCUGAAAGAUGACCGGACCACCGCUCUCAUGGCGCGUUAGGUGGGUCGUAGCGAGUGCUAUUUUCCUCGCCAAUCACAUAAACGCCGCGGCCUUAAGCGACGAAGUCAACAUGGCCUCCAUCGACUACUCGAAAGUGUCCAUCGAAGAGAAGCCGCUCUACGCACCUCCCUUGAAAGAGGUGGCCGAGGUUUUAUCUGAGGGCCUCCGGAAAACGUUCGAGUUCGUGAAUGUGACGGUCGAAGACUGCCCUGACCUCACCAGAGAGCCGUUCGAUCUCACGACACCCGGGCUGUCGGGCGACAGCAAAUUGGUGGAGCUGGGCGGCCCGCCCUACCUGACGCCGCAGGUGCGCCGCGACAAGGUGUACGACUUGGCCGCUCUGCUGCGACACCUCGGACGAGACCCGGCGCUCCUUGCCGGGGCAGGGGCCGGGCCGUGGCCGUAUCUCGGCGUCAACUGCGAGGGCAUCAUAAACUUGUCGGUGCGGAAGGGCGCGGUGACGCAGGGCACGCGCGUGGUUUCGGUGGCUCCGCCCGGCGCGGCCAAGGGCCAGGCCUCGUACGUGCAGCGGAGGCUGCCCCCCGGCGAGACCAGGACGGCGCUGCUCGGCAACUACCUGCUCAGCGAGGGCCGGCCGGGACGGGUCCUCAAAGUGGUUGUCGAGAAGCGGAUUGGUCCGUCGAACUUCAUCACCGCCAUUAGGGAAGCUUUGAAGGAGUGGUACGGCGACAGAGCGGUCGGUCUGGGCGGGGCGUUCCUGCUGGCGGCGGGCAAGGUGAAACACCACGUGAUGCCGGACUUUAGCGCUUCGCCCCUCUGUUCCGACGAAGACGUGGACCGUUGGCUGCACUAUUUCGAAAUGACCGCGCCCAUCGUGCACUUGGGCACCCUCGUCACCGGCGACCUGGGCCUGGACCUGCGCGUGCAGCACUUCCACGGGUACAGUGCUCACGGCGACGGAGGCCACUACCACUACGACACCACGCCUCUGCAGGUGCGCUACGAGGGAUACUUCGCCCUGGCCUCCUCCGUGAUCAGGGUGGACCGGCCCUCGGAGACUCACGGCAUCGGACGAGACUGACUCGAAGAAUGCGAGUGUUUUCUUUCUCGAACGGAAACAUUCGAUCCGCCGGGAACCGACUCGGUCGUUUCAGGAUUAGGGAAAUAGGGUAACUCUCAAUAUGUACAAUUGUCUUCUCCAUCACUCCGAGAGGCGCUCAGGAGCGGAAGAAGCGCACUGCGCGCACCACGUACUGGCGGCAGAUGGGGCACUCGGGCAGACGUUUGGCGCAGUCCGUGCAGGCGGCGAUGUGGCCGCACUCCAGCAGCACGCACUCCAGCGGUGCCGCCCAGCAGAUCUUGCAGCACUCCUCCAGGGGCAGCCGCUCCACUUCCGCGCGGCACCGGGCGUGGUCGGCGAGCAGCAGCCUCGCGCGCUGCAGCAGAUCGGCCCGCUCGAGGCAGCCCCGAUACUCGACGCGGUUCCUGGCCAGCAGCUCCUUAAGCUGGCGCACCGUCAGCCCUUCCAGCUCCGACGCCCGUCUGAUCUGUUCCAAGCUCACCGGCCGAGCGGUCUCCGGCUCCUUCUCCGCUACAACAUUUGUCGUGAUAAAAUUUAUUUACUCCAUAAAUAAAAUAAACAAUCAUAA